CCAGGCUUUUCCUUUCGCCACGAAGCAGCAGCAGUUGCAGAAGGAAAUUGCAAGCGAUCCGCCAUGAAUCCGGACAAGUUCACGCACAAGACCAACGAGGCGCUGGUGUCCGCCCGCGAGCUCGCCCUCGAAUCCGGCCACGCCCAGUUCACUCCGCUCCACCUUGCCUCAGUCCUCGUCGCCGAUCGUCAGGGCCUCCUCCCCCAGGCCCUUGCUAACGCCUCUGGAGGCGACGGGGACUCCGCCGUCCAGUCGUUCGAGCGCGUUGUUUCUUCCGCCCUCAAAAAGCUUCCUUCCCAAUCCCCGCCCCCUGACGAUGUCCCCGUCGCUACAUCCCUCGUCAAGGCUAUUCGCCGCGCGCAGUCUUCUCAGAAGUCCCGUGGGGACUCCCACCUCGCCGUAGACCAGCUAAUCCUAGGCCUACUGGAGGAUUCUCAGAUUGCAGAUAUCCUCAAGGAGGCCGGCAUCAGCGCUGCCCGAGUCCGCGCCGAAGUCGAGAAGCUACGCGGGAAGGAGGGGAAGAAGGUGGAGAGCGCGUCAGGGGAUACCAACUUCCAGGCCCUUAAGACCUACGGCCGUGACCUUGUCGAGGUCGCUGGGAAACUCGACCCCGUCAUUGGACGUGACGAGGAGAUCCGCCGCGUCAUCCGCAUUCUCUCCCGGCGGACCAAAAAUAAUCCUGUUUUAAUCGGUGAGCCAGGCGUCGGGAAAACGGCCGUCGUUGAGGGUCUUGCUCAGCGUAUCGCUCGCGGGGAUGUCCCGAGCAAUCUGUUCGACGUUCACCUUGUGGCGCUAGACAUGGGCGCCUUGAUUGCUGGAGCCAAGUACCGCGGUGAAUUUGAGGAGCGCGUCAAGGCGGUGCUCAAGGAAGUUGAGGAGGCUGAAGGCAAGGUCAUUCUUUUCAUUGACGAAAUCCAUUUGGUUCUUGGUGCAGGCCGAACCGAAGGUUCUAUGGAUGCUGCUAACCUCUUCAAGCCCAUGCUUGCAAGAGGUCAGCUGCGAUGCAUUGGAGCUACGACAUUAGAGGAGUAUCGGAAGUAUGUUGAGAAAGAUGCUGCCUUUGAGCGCCGAUUCCAGCAGGUGUACGUUGCUGAACCUAGCGUUGCCGACUCCAUUAGCAUCCUUCGAGGACUGAAGGAGAAGUUUGAAGGACACCAUGGUGUUCGAAUCCUCGAUCGUGCCAUUGUUGUUGCUGCUCAGUUAUCACAUCGCUAUAUCACUGGGCGGCACCUUCCUGAUAAGGCAAUUGACUUGGUUGAUGAGGCUUGUGCCAAUGUAAGGGUUCAACUUGAUAGUCAACCAGAGGAGAUUGACAACUUGGAGAGGAAAAGGAUUCAGUUGGAAGUUGAAUUGCAUGCGCUUGAGAAGGAGAAGGACAAGGCUAGUAAAGCAAGGCUAGUCGAGGUUAAGAAGGAAUUGGAUGACUUGAGGGAUAAGCUGCAACCAUUAAUGAUGAAAUACAGGAAGGAGAAGGAGAGGAUUGAUGAAAUUCGCAAGUUGAAACAACGCCGAGAGGAGCUAUUGAUUGCUAUGCAAGAGGCUGAGCGAAGGGGGAAUCUGCCUCGUGUUGCUGACAUCAAGUUUGGAGCAUUGCAAGAGAUAGAUGUGGCUAUUGCAAAGCUUGAGGGUGAUGCCAAUGAAAAUCUAAUGCUCACAGAGACUGUUGGGCCUGAGCAUAUCGCAGAGGUGGUGAGCCGUUGGACAGGUAUUCCGGUGACAAGGCUAGGGCAGAAUGAGAAGGCAAGAUUGAUCGGCCUAGCAGAGAGGUUGCACAAGAGAGUAGUUGGUCAGAAUCAGGCUGUUGAUGCCGUAGCCGAAGCAGUUCUCCGGUCAAGAGCUGGCCUUGGCCGACCGCAGCAACCCACUGGCUCAUUUCUCUUCUUAGGCCCCACUGGCGUUGGUAAAACAGAACUGGCAAAAGCUCUUGCAGAGCAAUUGUUUGACGAUGAGAAUCUUCUCAUCCGCAUCGACAUGUCAGAGUACAUGGAACAACAUUCAGUGGCACGUCUAAUCGGUGCACCACCAGGGUAUGUGGGUCAUGAGGAAGGUGGGCAGUUGACUGAGGCGGUGAGGCGGAGGCCUUACAGCGUCAUUCUCUUCGACGAAGUAGAGAAAGCUCAUGUGGCUGUGUUCAAUACGCUUCUUCAAGUUCUUGACGACGGGAGGUUAACUGAUGGUCAAGGGAGAACUGUCGACUUCACUAACUCAGUUAUUAUCAUGACCUCUAAUCUUGGUGCUGAACACCUUCUUGCUGGAAUGGUGGGAGAAUCUUCUCUGCAGAUUGCUAGGGAAAGAGUUAUGCUUGAGGUCAGGAAGCAUUUUAGACCUGAGCUUCUUAAUCGACUUGAUGAGAUAGUAAUAUUCGAUCCACUAUCUCAUGAUCAACUUAGAAAGGUGGCUAGGCUUCAGAUGAAGGAUAUUGCUCGUCGUCUUGCUGAGAGAGGGAUUGCAUUGGCUAUAACAGACGCUGCGUUGGACGUAGUUCUAUCUGAAUCCUACGAUCCGGUCUACGGCGCAAGACCGAUCAGGAGAUGGCUAGAGAAGAAAGUUGUGACUCAUAUGUCCAAGAUGCUCAUACAAGGUGAGAUCGAUGAGAACUCAACUGUGUACAUUGACGCAGUUCCAGGAAAGAAAGAGCUGUCUUACAAGGUGGAGAAGAAUGGAGGUCUUGUGAAUGCCGAGACGGGGCAGAAGUCGGACAUCCUUAUUGAGCUACCGGCGAAUGGCAAUUUGACAAGUGACGCGUCUCUGGCCGUGAAGAAAAUGAAGGUGCUGCACGAGGAGGACGGAGUCGAUGAUGGAGAAAUGGAAGAAGAGUAGACUGUUAGAUGCUGAGAGGUGCUGCUGUUUGUAAGGUUUGCUGUUUUGCCUGGAAGCUGUACAUGUCUGCUGUGGUGCUUGAGUUCCCUAAUCAUUCUCCUUCUUCCCAAAGCACAGUGAUGAUGGCCAAUUAAUUACUAGUUUGUUUUUUUCUUAA